AUGGCAAACUCCAGUCCCCCACUCGAUGCAUCCAGUCCGAGCAGCCACCCGACAGGGGCUCAACCUCCACCCCCGCCCCCGCUCCCACUUCCAUUGCGCGCACAACCUAAACCUGCUGCACUUGAGCCCUGGGAAACUGAAUACCAUGCGAAGCUCGCUUGCAUGCCGGAAAACUACUUGUUAGAGAGAGAGGAACCAAAGCCAUUUGUCUACGAACCAGUCUACUACUUUUUCUAUGGCACCCUCAUGAAGCCCGACAUCCUCAAGGGCGUUCUUGGCCUGCAAACAGAACCGACCCUGCGACCUGCCAACGUCUACGGCUAUGAACUUACGAACUGGGGCCAAUACAAAGCCCUUAUUAACGGCAAACCGGGAGUUGCGUUGGCGGGGUAUGCCUAUCUGGUGGAGUCACUUGACCACAAAUACCGGUUGGCGAAGUACGAGACGGGUGCCUACACCCUGAAGCCCUGCAAUAUUUAUUUUACCGACAACCCGGAUGGUCGGGAGGACGAGGAGCCGACUCCCGGCGAGACUUUCAAGUACGCCGGGGAUGCGGUGGCUCUCAAGGAGGGGCGGUUUGACCGGGUGUUGUGGGAGUUGCAAAUGGGUACAAGGCUGCCGCCGGCUUGGGGGCGAGGAGAUGAGGGCGGAAAGACCAAGUAG